AUGCCCCAGCCGGUCAUCCCGCCUGCAUCCACGGAUGCGACGGGGGCCGCUCCCACGGCGACACCCGCGCAGCUUUUUGCGCAGCUCCCGCCGCAUAUUCAGCAGCAGCUUUCGGGCAUGACCAAAGAGCGACUCCAACAAAUUGUGGCUCGUAUGCAGCAGCUCAAGGCAGCUGGGCAAACCGAGCAAUCAAGUCCCGAGUUUGCGGCACUCGCCCAAACGCUCAAAGCCUUUCAAUACUUACAGCAGCUGCGCAUGCAGCAACUAGCCGCUGUGCAAACACGAACGCAGCCUAGUCCUGGCGCGGCGACACCUACGCCACAGCCUGCCGCGCAGGAUACGACACCUACGCCUGAUACCAUGCCUCGGCCGGCCGCAGCCUCGACGAGCGCUGCACCGUCCACGGCUGCUACACCGGCUGCUACGACGCUCGCUGCGUCCGCGCAAGAGUCAUCGGCCCUGACACCCGACCAGUUGACAGCGUUGCGUUCUCAGGUAUCGGCGUACAAGCAAUUGGCCCGCAACCAGCCCAUGGCCGCACAGAUGCCGACGCACGUCACCGAUUUGGCUACGUCGAACCCGGCUGCUGCUUCCUCUGUGGCCCAAAAAGUGGUCGACGCGGCUGCGGAUGCACAUGCGGCACAUGUAGCGGCGCAUGGCCCCGACGCGCUAGCGUCGGCCCAGCCCUCGUCGACGUGGAGCGAGACGGACUUGGCCCGUCUUCCUACCGACGAUCCCUCGAGCAAAGUGUACCCCUACAAUGCGUACGUGCACCCCUUUACGUUGCUAGGCAAGCCUAGUCUGCCGGGGGGCGACGACUUGGCGACGCUGCACCAGCGCUUGUUGCUUCCUAGUCUGUCGCCGGCCGGUGUGGAUGCCCGUCUGCUCCUGGAAGAGCGAGAACGGUUUAUCCAGACACGGAUCCAGCAACGCAUCCGCGAGCUAGAGUCGUUCCCGGCCAUCAUGGCGCAGGUGCCUACGUCGUCCGACGCUGCGGCAUCGGACGCGCCCCUGGACGAGCAAAUUGCGCAAGGGCUGGGUGCCUCGCGCACGUCGAAUGCCAAGGUGAAAGCACUGAUUGAGCUCAAGUCGCUCCAUCUGCUCGAGCGCCAAAAACAAAUGCGUGAGAAAAUUCUGGCGAGUAUGCAUUUGGCGACAUCGUUGGGUCUGGACCGCUCUGCCUUCCGACGUGUGCGCAAGCAGGCUUUGCGUGAUGCGCGUGUGACAGAGCAGCUUGAGCGCAAGCAGCGUGCCGAGCGUGAGCGCAAAGUCAAGCAGCGUCACACGGACUACUUGUCUAUGAUCUGCACGCACGGCAAAGAUCUGCUGGCUGCGCACAGCAAGGCAUCGGACCAAGCGAAGAAAAUUGGUCGUAUGGUCCUCAAGCUUCAUACGGAUACCGAGCGCGAAGAGCAGAAGCGUAUUGAGCGUGUGGCGAAGGAGCGUCUGAAUGCGCUGAAGGCUGACGAUGAAGAGGCGUACCUCAAGCUCAUUGAUACGGCGAAGGACACGCGUAUUACGCACCUGCUGCAGCAGACCGAUGCGUACCUUGACAGCUUAGCACAGGCCGUGCGUGCGCAGCAAGCGGACGAUGCGCAUGCGGACUGGCAUGCGGCCGACUUGCCGGAAGGCGGUGCGGUGGACGAGACGACGUUUGGUGCGUCACGGCAAGAGGAUGGGGACGAUGCGGGUCGCUCUGACUACUACUCUGUGGCGCAUCGGAUCCAGGAGAAGAUUACCGAGCAGCCUUCGAUUCUUGUGGGCGGUAAGUUGAAGGAGUACCAAAUGAAGGGCCUGCAGUGGAUGGUGUCGCUGUACAACAACCGCCUGAACGGUAUCCUCGCCGACGAGAUGGGUCUCGGUAAGACGAUCCAAACGAUUUCGCUGAUCACGUUCCUCAUCGAGAACAAGAAGCAGAACGGACCGUACUUGGUGAUUGUACCGCUCUCGACGCUGACCAACUGGGUCAACGAGUUCAACAAGUGGGCGCCGUCCGUGUCGACGUUGGUAUACAAAGGCACACCUACCGUGCGCAAGCAGCUUGCACAGCAGCUUAAGAUGGGCACUUUCCAGGUACUGCUGACGACGUACGAGUACAUUAUCAAGGAAAAGAACUUGCUGGGCAAGAUCAAGUGGACACACAUGAUCAUUGACGAGGGUCAUCGUAUGAAGAAUACACAGAGCAAGCUUACUAUCACACUCACGCAGUCGUACACCAGUCGCUACCGACUGCUGUUGACAGGUACGCCCCUGCAAAACAACCUGCCAGAACUUUGGGCGCUGCUGAACUUCGUGCUGCCCAAGAUCUUCAACUCGAUCAAGAGCUUUGAUGAGUGGUUCAACACGCCCUUUGUCAACACGGGCACGGGCGACAACAGUAUGCAGCUCAACGAAGAAGAGGCCCUGCUGAUUAUCAAGCGUCUACACAAGGUUCUUCGUCCCUUCCUCUUGCGUCGUCUCAAGAAAGAUGUCGAAGCGGAGCUGCCCGACAAGGUCGAGAAGGUCAUCAAGUGCCGUAUGAGUGCGCUCCAGGCGAAGCUGUACCAGCAGAUGAAGCGCCACAAGGUCAUUCUGGGCGGCGACGCAGGCGCCAAGGGCUCGAAGCCUAUGGGCAUUCGGGGCCUGCAAAAUGCCAUUAUGCAGCUGCGAAAGAUUUGCAACCAUCCGUAUGCCUUCGAGCAGGUGGAGGCCACUAUCAAUCCUACCAAGGAAAAUGGUCCCGACUUGUACCGAGUAGCCGGCAAGUUUGAGUUGCUUGAUCGUAUCCUGCCGAAACUCUUCGCGACAGGCCAUCGCGUGCUGAUCUUCUUCCAGAUGACAGCGAUUAUGGAUAUCAUGGAAGACUUUUUACGUUUCCGUGGCAUCAAGUACUUGCGUUUGGACGGCUCAACAAAGCCCGACGACCGUUCUCUCCUUCUCAAGCAGUUCAACGAGCCCGGGUCGGAGUACGAUGUGUUCAUUCUCUCGACACGUGCAGGUGGUCUGGGUCUGAAUUUGCAGUCUGCAGACACGGUCAUUAUUUACGACUCUGACUGGAACCCGCAUCAAGACUUGCAGGCACAGGACCGUGCUCACCGUAUCGGCCAAAAGGUCGAGGUGCGUAUUUUGCGACUCGUCACAGAAAAGUCUGUGGAAGAGACGAUCUUGGCCCGUGCGCAGUCGAAAUUGGAGAUCAACGGUAAGGUGAUCCAGGCCGGUAAGUUCGACAACCAGGCCACAGCGGAUGAACGUGAACUGCUUCUUCGUGCUAUGCUUGAGGCCGACAAUGAAGAAGAAGACGAGAUGGAACGUGGUGAACUCAAUGACGACGAGCUGAACGAGCUCUUGGCUCGUAGCGAAGAAGAAGUGGCCAAGUUCCAGGAAGUCGACCGUGAACGUCGUGCUGACGAAGAGCUGGAAUGGCAAGCCAGUGGUCAUACAGGUCCCCUGCCAGAGCGUCUGAUCCAGGAAAGUGAGCUACCUGAGAUUUAUCAGCGUGACUUUGAUACCGAGGCGAUUGAUGGCACAGCGAGUGAGCAACCGACCUCGCGUCGUCGUCAAGUCGUGCAUUACGAUGAUGGACUGACGGAGGACCAGUUCUUGCGUGCGUUGGAAGGCGAGGAGGACCUGAAUCAAGUUGUGGAGCGUAAGCGUGAACGGGCUGAGAGGCGUCGUCUCAAGCAGCUUGCACAGGCUGAGGCCGAGUCGGCAGAUACGUCGAUGGACACAGCAGAGCGCAAGCGCAAGCUGACCGACGACGACGUGGACAGCGAGGCAGAUACGUCUAUGACGCUGAGCACAUCUGAUUCCACGUCAAAGCGUCGGAAGGUGGACGAGAUGGCUGAGACGAUCAAGGCAGCGCUGUUGCAGUGCUAUGAAGCGGUAGAGGCGUGUGAAGAGCCAGAGACGGGUCGUCUGCGUUGUGGGCUAUUUAUGGACAUUCCGAAGCGCAGCGAGUAUCCUGACUACCAUGUUCUGAUCGCGCAUCCCAUCGCAUUGAAACAGAUCAAACGCCGUAUUGAUACGCGCGCGUACAAGUCGCUCGAUGCGUGCAAGGCGGACUUUGAUCUUAUGUUCAGCAACGCGCGUACCUACAACCAGGAAGGUUCGCUUGUAUGGCUCGAUGCGGAAGCACUAGAACAGACGUUUAACGAGACGCUGGCCAAGGUGCGGCCGCAGGUGGAGCAGCAAGCGGACUCCUCGGAGGGUGUCAAGGCGGAGUCAGACACGAUGGACCCUGAAGGCACGCCGGACCCCACACCCCGACCCAAGGUCGGUAUGAAGAUUAAGCUCUCUAUGGCUGGACGCCGUUCCAAAUAA